CAUUUUUCAGCUGCCAACAAGCACCAGGCAAAGAACGUGCAAAGAAGAUUCAAAUUUGCUGCGCUGCCAGGCCAGGCCUUCUUCGGUCCGUACGGAAAAUCGGUACUUUUUUUUCGGCGUAAAUUCUGCAAGCUCGUGCAUUCGUCACCAUGUCCGAAGCAGGCGGUGAAAAGUUGUCCAAAAAUGAGCUGAAGCGUCGCCUGAAGGCCGAGCAGAAGGCCAAGGAGAAGGAGGAAAAGGACAAGGCGGCGGCGGCGACGGAAGGUGGGGCCAAGGCCAAACCCGCGUCCAGCGAUGCUCCGAAGAUCAACGAGGAGGAAAUCUCGCCGAAUGAGUACUUUAAGCUGCGCAGCGCGGCGGUGGCCGACCUGAAGAAGCAGCCCGAGACGCACCCGUAUCCGCACAAGUUCCAGGUCAGCAGCUCGCUGGAGGCGUUCAUCGAGAAGUACGACGGUCUGAAGGACGGGGACAUGCUGGAGGGCGAGUCGUUGUCGGUGGCGGGACGGAUUCACGCGAUCCGCGAGUCCGGCGGCAAGUUGAUCUUUUACGAUCUGCGCGGGGAGGGCGUGAAGCUGCAGGUCAUGGCCAAUGCCAAGCUGUACGAGAGUGAGGCGACGUUCGGGGAGGACACGGCGAGGUUGCGCCGCGGAGAUAUCGUGGGGAUUGUGGGCUAUCCGGGCAAGACCAAGAAGGGCGAGCUGUCGGUGAUUCCGAAGAAGUUGAAGCUGCUGUCGCCGUGUCUGCACAUGCUGCCUCAUCUGCAUUACGGGUUGAAGGACAAGGAGACGCGCUUCCGGCAGCGAUAUCUGGAUCUGAUCCUGAACAACCACGUGCGGGACAUCUUCUACGUGCGCGCCAAGAUCAUCAGCUACGUGCGGCAGUUCCUGGACGGAAUGGGCUUCCUGGAGGUUGAAACUCCGAUGAUGAACAUGAUCGCCGGAGGAGCCACGGCCAAGCCGUUCAUCACCCAUCACAACGACUUGAACAUGAACCUGUUUCUGAGAAUCGCUCCGGAACUGUAUUUGAAAAUGCUGACCGUGGGCGGGCUCGACCGUGUGUACGAAAUCGGCCGCCAGUUCCGUAACGAGGGCAUCGACCUCACCCACAACCCGGAGUUCACCACGUGCGAGUUCUACAUGGCGUACGCCGACUACAACGACCUCAUCGAAAUGACCGAAAAGAUGGUGUCCGGCAUGGUCAAGAGCAUCCACGGCAGCUACAAGAUCAAGUACCACCCGGAAGGCCCCGACGGCAAGGAGUUCGAGGUGGACUUCACCCCGCCCUUCAAGCGCGUCUCCAUGAUCAGCACCCUCGAAGAGAUCCUCAAGGUCAAGUUCCCGGCCGCGGACAAGCUCAACACCCCCGAGGCGAACAAAUUCCUGAGCGAUCUCUGCACCAAACACGCGGUCGAGUGUCCAGCGCCGCGCACGACCGCCCGUCUCCUGGACAAACUCGUCGGCGAGUUCCUCGAGGAGAACUGCAUCAACCCGACGUUCAUCUGCGACCACCCCCAAAUCAUGUCCCCCCUGGCAAAAUACCACCGCAACGCGACCGGCCUCACCGAGCGCUUCGAGCUGUUCGUCAUGAAGAAGGAGGUGUGCAACGCGUACACCGAGCUGAACGAUCCGGCCGUCCAGCGCGAGCGCUUCGAGCAGCAGGCCGCCGACAAAGCGGCCGGCGAUGACGAGGCGCAGCUCGUGGACGAAAACUUCUGCACCGCGCUCGAGUACGGUCUGCCGCCGACCGGCGGCUGGGGCAUGGGCAUCGAUCGCCUCACCAUGUUCUUGACGGACAACAACAACAUCAAGGAGGUGCUGCUGUUUCCGGCCAUGAAACCGGACGAUCCGAACAGGAGCCAGCAGGUGGCGGCGGAGGGAGCCGCUCUCAGCGUACCGACCAAGUAAAGUGUUUUGUGUGGCGUUUCGCGAAUUACAAUAAAGAUCUUCGCUGUAUUGAUCGAAUCGUCAGA